AUGCAACAUCUGCUGCUCUUUCUGCUGCUGAACCCAUCAGCUCUGUGCAGGCCAAGUUUACCGAAGCUCCUGAUUGAUUCGGCACCUUCGGUGGUGUCCUAUCAGGGCUCAUCGCAAACCCGCACACGUUUCGUAAUUGCGCCCAUGGGACGUUCUCUGGGCUAUGUGGAGCCCACGAAUGUGAAUCGCACAUUUCACACCCAUCCGGCGCAACAGCGUGUGGAUGUAGAUGUCAGUGGUUACGAGUUUCUCAACCUAAGUCCGGUUUAUGUGCACCACUAG